GGAUUCCCUUUCCUAUCUUCUCUCCUCUUCUCUCUGUCCAGCGGGGAACGACAAUCCAGUCCUUCUCAAUGGCCGCCGCUGCUUCAAGGCCUCCCCGUAGAGCUCUCGAUCCAGAUCAGAUCCAGGCCACCACCGAGCUCCUCGACCGCCUCCUCCUUCCUCUUUGCCCUCGCGCACGCCGCCCCAUCGGAGCUCAGUGCCUCCUCGCAGCGCCUCCUUCUCCCUCCUUUCUCCUUCUUCCUCUCUUCCCCCUGCAUCUCUGACCUUUCUUUUUCUAUAUGGCCAUGAGCAGAGGAAGCAAGCAGGGAGCCUCGCCGCCGCCGCCACCACGGCCGUCGUCGCGCCGCCGCUGCCUCCGAGUUUGCCGAUCAUUGGCGAGCAUCUGUGCCGUGACCGGCGUCGCGACCCUCUGCCUCGCCUCCAUCAUACGUGAGGAUGAAGACGACAGCGCGCCAUCGACCCGUCCCGGGCCGUCCCUCGCCACGCUCGCGUGGAGCGCACCUGCGCGUGGACCGCCGACCGGGCAAGCCGCCCCUCGCCGACAGGAGCGCCGGUGCCGCUCGCCUGAAGCAUCUAAUGGCGGCCCAGACGUUGUUCCCUGGAUGACUGGGACUCCUCUUUGAGUUCAUUCUUAUCCCCAUCUGCAUCUCUGUCAUUUUAGUAAUUUGUAAAUCAUCACCCCCGACGUUGUUGGUUGUGCUAAUUUGAUUUCGUCGUGAAGGCCACUGGCCUCGCCAAGCAGCAGGAGGACCUGUGGGCUAGGCUCGCCUGCCGCAAGCGCGCCCGCGAGCUCGCCCUCAUGCCGGCCAAGGCCACCUCCGGCUACUUCCUGUCCGCCGCGCUCUCCAACGCCUCGACCCAUUCUUGGGCUCACGCGGCGCCGACGCCCGCCGCGACGCAUCACCCCUUCCUUGGCUUCUCCAGGAUGCACGCCGCCGGCGGCAAGCGGCGGCGCGUGCCGGGCGUUGGAGGCCGGCAAUGGAUAAGUUGCAGUGGUGGCCGGCAAUGGAUAAGUGGCAGUGGUGGCCAGCAAUGGAUAAGUGGCAGUGGUAGCAGGGGGUUUUCUGUAAAAACAAAACAUUAUCUCAUCAGGAACACACUUAAAGUAGGACUGCGGGUUGAAUUCUCAGAAACGAAGGGACUUUAAUGCAAAAAAGCCGACGACAGACGACAGAAACCGAAUUUGCUUUAUUAUUAAUUAAAAAAAAUUAUUAGGUAAAGAUAAAGAUGUUCAUGUAUUUGACCAAAUGGGUAAACAAAAACAUGACAAAUAGGAUAAAAUUGAAAGAAAACAUAUGAAAAUAGAAACGAGAAAAGAAACAGCAAAAAGAAAAGUAACCACGAUCCUUGUUGGGCCACUCCAUAGAUGGUAAAAUGAAGUAUAAUGGCCCGUGAAAGCCUAAUACUAGAUAGAUAGAUAGAUAGAUCUCGGGUGUUUCUCUCUCUAAAAAAAAGAUAGAUAGAUCUCGGGAGGGAAUAUUCCCUUUUCUUGCGCUCUUUGUAAUACCCCCCACGCAUCCCUCCCCCGCAUCCAUCUUUUCCCCAGCCCUAAUAAAACGGGAGUAAGAUCACAUUUUCUCUUGGAAAAAUAAACUCCACACAGAUCGGAAACCUCACCGCACGCCACAGCCUUCCCCGCCCCAUCCGCCACCGUCGCCAUGGGUAGAGGCAGAGGAGGCCGCAACCGCAAGCCCCGCAACUCCGCCACGUUCCGCCUCUGCCCGCGCCCCGGCGCCGCCGACCCCUCCGACCGCGUCCUCGUCCGCGUCGACGGCAACCCGUACCGCGUCCCCGGCCUCGACGACGACGCCUGCUGCUACUUCGAGGGCGCCGAGCCCUCGUCCUCGCCCUCCGGGGCCGCCCUCCCCGACCACGUCCGCCGCGCGAUCCUGGAGCUCGGUCUCCCCGACGACGGCUACAACUACCUCGCCCACAUCCGCGAGAUCCGCCCCUCGUACUCCUCCACCGGUGGCGGGGGCUCGUCCGCCGUGUUCCUCCCCACCCGCCGCGCCGCGCGCUGCGGUCUCCCGCUGAGCGUCAAGGCAUACGACGCGCGUGGUGUUGAUGUUGGUCUGGACAAUGUCGCUGCAACGGGAGCGCUGAUUCCAGUGGAGGAGGCCAUCGACCCGGAUGUCACCGAACUGCUCGAGGAGAGCGACAACGUUCCACCGGGGUCCUUGGAGGAUGAGGAUGAAGAGAGCGAGGUGCCACCGGGGAUCGUGGAAGAUGAGGAUGAGGAGAGCGAGGUCCCACCGGAGACCUCGGAGGACGACGAAUCGGAGCUGGAGGACGAUUUUGUUAUCAUUGCAAAUCAGCCCGAGGAGGAAGACCAGAUGGAUCUGGAGGACGAUUUUGUUAUCCUUGCAAACCAGUCUGACGGCGAAGAGCAGAUGGACGUGAUGGCCAGCAGGUUGGAGCGAGGCAGUUUCAUGGCUGCCUUAUGGGCAUGUUAAAAUGCUUGCUUUGGGAAAGAAUGCUGCGGUAAAGAAGUCCCAGAAAGCUGUUAGGGGUCCGUCCUUGUCGGCGCACCUUGUGUGCUGAUUAUUUAUCUUGUAUAUAUUGUGUUGAUAGUGAACUGUUUGUCAUAGCACUUCGAUUGUCAGUAGGAAUAAUAUUGAACAUUUGUGCCAAAUGUUGUGCACGCACAAAUUAGGUUUCCUUUGGUAGAUAAAAACUGAUGGGUGAUGUACGACAAUUCAUCUUCGACUGUACCGCUCUCCCUAGAUUAUGUUUCAAAACUCGUAAUGCAAGAUGUACAAAGUUGUCGUCGUCUCGUUGUGAUAUGUCUAUUUGUUCCA